AUGGCUAAAGAGCAUCAGCUAACCACUGGUGAUAGUGUGAAGUGGCUGGGCUGUCUCUGCUCACCCCUCUCUGGCGCCGACAGGGUUCUGACCGGCGCCGGCAAUGGUGGACAUGGUGGCUGCAAGUGGUGGCAUCGAAGUCAGGUGCUGAGAGGCAGACUGGCAGGCACCGGAGCCCCCUGUGCAGGCCAUGUUGCUCCCAGCAGCAAGGAUCACGAUGGCAGGGCAGUCCCAUCCUGUCACAUCUCAUCCAGCCAGGAAAGAUCUGGCCUUUGGUGCUGCGCAGUCUAUGGCCAUCUCUUCACAUGGACUCUGCCACUGGUACCACGAGCUCUGCAGGGAACCCGGCAGGCUUCCCAAACAGGACCAGCGCCCGCAGGUUCUGGUGGCACACGGGGACCCCCCAGGACGCUCAGUCAGCGUCCUAGGCUAGACGGUGGAGUUAAAGACCUGCCGCCUGAGAUCUCCAACUUCACAAAGCCACCAGUGAAAGGGUUGAUCUUUCAGGAAGGCCUCGUUCAAAGAGAGGAGAGAAAACGCUGGUGGGACUACAAGACCAAGAGGCUCUUUUGGCACAUGCUCUCCCCAGCACUUCCCAAAGGGCACAAGAAACCAGGAGCAGCAGCAAGACCAGCUUUGCACCUGCAGAAAAAAGCAGACGGCAAAACUGAAGCCUGCCAGCCCUUCAACUCUGGCUUCAGUGACAAGAGAAGCACAGAGAAAUCGGACAUGCUCGCUAUGGAAGGGCUGUACCGGCAGCUCCUGCCAUCCCUAAAACAAUCCAAGACUAACAACAAUUGCUACAAGUCAGGCAGCGGAACUGAAGAGCAACCAACAGAUACCUCUUUCUGCACGCUGCCACCAGUGAAAGGGAUGAACGCGCGUGAGAACAUCCUUCAAACAGAGGCGGGGAAAUGCUGGUGGAAGAGCAAGGCCAAGAGGCCUUCUGAGUAUUGUAUUGCCUCCCCAGCACUUUCCAGAGUCUAGACGGUUGCUGGAGAAGCCGCAGGACCAACACCAGGGCCAGCUUCAAGCCUGCAGAAAAGGAGACAGCAGAACUGAAACCUGCCAGCACCUAAACACUGCUGUCAGUGUUACGGAUUUAUUGUUGACAUACCAAUAGAGAACCGAAUCUCAGCCCUAAGAUCAUCAUUUGCAUCAUACCAUUUCAGUUUGAGGGCUUUCAGAUUUUUAAAGAGUUAAUUUAAUAAAAGUCACACUAGUCUUCAGAGAAUUGCUAUCCUUAUUUCUUGACUUUUAGCAAUAAGAGCAAGCUCUCUCUACGAAGAACAGCUGCAGAGCAUGUAAGCCUGCACUGGGGAAGGGUUCUGAAGCAAAAAGGGCUGACAAAACGCUCUUCUGGGGGCUUUCUGAAGCCAGCAAAAAUGCUUUGCUAGGGGGCUGGCAGCUUGUGGGCGGGCUGCCGAGCUCACAUGCGCGCAGCCGGCACUGCCCCCAUGGACCAGGCUACCUGGCCAUAAGUACCUCGGGCAGGGCGACAACUAGCUGCCACCCACAGAGCACGCAGGGUGAGCAAACCGUGUUGGUGUGUGCGCCUUGCUGGCUGCAGCCUGUCCGGCAGGGCAUUGAGCCUCUGCCAAUACACAAAUGUCUGGCUAUGGGACUGGUGUUACAGGCAGGGCAUUGGGUUCUUUGAUAGUGGCUGGUUUUGUAAGUCACCAGACCUGACAGUAAUGCAUGAGAAAGGUUUAUGUCACAGUGGCAAAAGGGUUCUGGGACAGGAAUUAGCAGGACUCAUUCUGAAAGCUUUAAGCUUGUUUUGAAGGGGGAUGGGGUUGUAGCUGGACUUGCACUGGUGGGGCAGUGCUCUAGUAUUGAUCAAGGCCAAGUGGCUGCUCACCCUCCUAGGGUGAAAUGGGCAUGGUCAGCUCGCUCCCUGAAAUGCCUGUACACCAAUGCAUGCAGCGUGGGGAAUAAGCAGGAGGAGUUACAAAUCCAUGUUCGGGCAGGAAACUAAGAUCUGGUGGCAAUUACAGAGACCUGGAAUGUGGUCAUGGAUGGCUAUGUCCUUCUCAGGAAAGACAGGCCAGCAACGCGAGGUGGUGGAGUUGCUCGUUAUGUGAGAGAGCAACUGGACUGCACUGAGUACUGCCCAGGAGUGGAUGAGGAGGGGGUUGAGAGACUGUGGGUGGGAAUUAAGGGGCAGGCUGGCAUGGGUGGCACUGUUGUGGUGCAGUCUAUUCCAGGCCACUGGAUCAGAACUAGGAAGCCAACGAGGCCUUCUACAGGCAGCUGAUAUCAGCCUCACAAUUACAGGCCCUGGUUAUCAUGGGAGAUUUUAACUACCCUGAUAUUUGCCAGAAGGUCUGCUCAGUCAGCCAUCCACAAGCCAUCCAAGAGGUUCCUCCAGUGCAUUGAUGAUAACUGCCUGAUGCAAAUGGUGGAUGAGCCAACUAGGAGAGGAGCGCUGCUGGAUCUUGUUCUCACUAACAAGGAGGGUCCGGUUGAA